AUGCUCAUCGCAGCCGGCUCUAUUGGCGGCCUGGGCAACCCGGGCUUCAUGACGCCCUACAACUCGCGCCCGAAGAUGGCCACGCGCGGCGACGAGGGCCUCAAGCUGUCGCUGCAGCUCGAGCUAAAGAUUCUGGCCGAUCUGGGCCUUGUCGGCCUGCCCAACGCCGGCAAGAGCACGCUUUUGCGCGCCUUGAGCAACAGCCGCGCCCGCGUCGGCAACUGGGCCUUCACCACUCUCCAGCCCAAUGUCGGCACCGUUGUGCUUGACAACCACAAGGGCCGCCCGCUAGUCACCUCGCGGAGACGCAACGGCGAGCUGCGCGACAACUUCACCGUCGCAGACGUGCCGGGCCUGAUCGAAGACGCACAUCUUGACAAAGGGCUCGGCCUAGGCUUCCUGCGCCACAUCGAACGCGCUGCCGUCCUCGCUUUCGUCAUCGACCUCUCUGCAGGCGAUGCCGUCCACGCACUGAAGCUGCUAUGGCGGGAGGUGUCCGAUCCUGCAUCUGGCCUCGUCGAUUCACCAGUGCUGAACCCCUCCCCCGAGCCCUUGCCGUUCCUGUCGUCGACCCCCAUCUCUUCAAAGCCAUGGUUCGUUGUCGCGACCAAAGCGGACGUGCCAGAUACACAGCUCAACUACGAGGCCCUGCAGCGCUACCUCGAACAAGUCAAGGGCCGCGCUCAGCCUCAUCCGAGCAAUCGUAAGCACGCAUGGACGAGGAGUCCUCAAGCCGUUCCCGUGAGCGCCAUCAACGCGGAAGGUGUGGAAGUCAUCCCACAGUUGGUCAUGGAUCUUCUGGAAGAGUGA